GGAUCAGGGCGGGAGGGAUGGUAGCAGGUCCUCCACUUUUGGCGCCUUAUUUUCCUGUUCCCAGCCUUUGCGUGCAGUGUUCCAGCUCCCUGUAGACUCGUAAAGACAUAUUCUAAUAGUGGUGAGCAGUACAUCUUCCGCCAUAGAGGAAAUAAGAACAAUGAGUGCUAUAGGGUUAUGUCUGUCAAAGUGGUCCAGGCCGGUACAGCAUCGCAACGGAUACAACCCCAGAUGGAGGAACCGCCGCCAGGCCAAUGAGACGCAAACCGAGAUACCGGAGGACCUGAUUGAGCCCGGCAAGGUGUUUGUCUCGGACCUGCGGAGAUCGGUCACGGAGCCCCUUUUGCACGAGCUGAUUUCACGGUUUGUUGAGGUGGAGAAUACCAUCAUCAUUAAGGACAGAAACACCAGGAGGAGCAGAGGUUAUGGCUUCGUCAAGGUGAAGACCAACGAGGACGUGGAAAAGCUGCUGGCACUACCUGAAGCUGAUCGCUUCAUCCAUGGACACGCGGUCACUAUCAAGCGAGCCAAGAAGAAGAUCACUCUGCCGGGUGACGAUGGGUAUGUGCGUCAAUCCCUCUCGGACCGGGACUUCGACCUGUCCAGCCCCGACCCAGCACAGCCAUCCAUACACAUGCUGGUGGACGAUGUUUUGUUUAAGAUCUUCUCAUACUUGCCUACCAAGCAAGUAGUGAAGUGUGAGAGAGUGUGUCGGCGGUGGCAGAUGCUACUACACUGCUACUACUCCAAAAAAGUCAACCUGGAGAUCACCGAGGACUCUUUGGGCAUUCCAGCACCUUUCUGCAAGUCCCUUGUGUCCAAGCUCCUCAUCCUCUCUGGCCCCAACCUCAGGAGUCUCAAGGUGCAGAAAAUUGAUUUUGUCGCCCGACAGAACAUCCUCAAGAUCAUUGGUCAGCUGUGUCCCCAUCUGGAGGUUCUGGAUGUCAGCAGAACUCGUGGGAUAAACUUCCUUCAGAUCUCCAGGCUGGCACAGGGCUGCAAGACUCUCAAAGGCUUCAUGGCUAAGGACUGCACUGAUUUUGACGAGAAGGCCCUGCACCAACUCCUCGAAUGCUACCCUCGGUUGGAGAAGCUGGAUGUGUGUGGCACUUCUGUCUAUGGCAAGAACCUAAGUAUUCUGCCCAGGUCGCUUAAGGAGCUCUACAUUGAGAGGAUUCCAGAACUGUGCCACAAGAAGAACAGUAUUACUCAGAUUGCUGAUAAGUGUCCCAACAUUGAGGUUCUGGAACUGAAUGAGUGUGUGGUGUCUAAAGAAGACCUGGAAUACUUUGGGAAGCACUGCCUUAACCUCGCCAAGCUGACCGUGUACAUGCCUGUGUCUGAUUUCACGCCAGCCCUGUCCCACUUCAAGAAACUCACGGAUCUCACGCUGAUGGGCAACACGGUGAACCUUAACCAGCUCUUCAGUAGCCUGCCACAGCUGGAAGUGCUCAAUGUUGAUACAUUUUUCCAGAGUGAAAUACAGAGUGAGGACACUGACUUCUCCGUCCUUGAGAAACUGAAGAGCUUGAAGAUCACCCAGGCGGCAGUAGGCAGGGCAUCACUGCGGACCCUCGCCAAGUGCAAACUGCUGGAGGCGAUCUACCUGUUCAAGUGGAAUUCAGUACCUGAUGAUGCCGUGGUGGCGAUCAUCGCGGGGUGUCCCAAACUGAACAAGCUGGUGUGUCCGAGCCUGGUGCCCGUCAAGGAGUUCGUAGACAAGGUGGACAACAUCAUGAAAGGGCGGUGCGGCAAGCUUGUGAUCGAAGCGCGGGACUCCAUCACCCUGCUCGGCCUUCACUACGACAGGAAGAAGAUUGAGUUCAUCCCCUCUCGUAACUACGGAUACAUGUAUGAUCCCUUCAGCUAUGACAGUGCAGAAUCGGACGACUCAGAUGUCAGCUUUGAUGGUGGUUGGUACGACAGCGACAUCGACUUUCCUGAAUACUACCUCGAUGAGCAGGAUUUUUUGCAGUUCGAUGAUGAUCUCUUCGAGGCGGCGGUGAUGCUGGCGGCCUGGAAUGUGCCCGACUCUGGCCACUACUGAGGCGUGUGUGUGUGUGUGUGUGUGUGCGUGUAGUGUAAGAGACUGGAGGCUGUGGUGCAGCAUUCAUAAUUUUUUUUGUGGCCGUAAUAUCUCAGCUAUUUUUGUAUGUAUAUAAUCUUUUCUCAGCUUAAUAAGUAUCCACAAACUGUAUUGCCUCUCAAUGGCUGCUGUGGAGGUAUUUAUACAUAUGUAAAGAAAACAGUUUGGUAUGUUGACAUGUGGAAUUCUUGAGCAAGAAACUAGAAUUACAUAAUUAUCACAUGUAGUGUGGAAAAUAACACAAACCCAUGAAUGGUAAUUUAAAUUUUCUUUAAUUUAAUUCCAUGUGCUGCAUAUACUCCUGUAAAAGUCAACCCUCUCCCCACAUGGCUGUGAUUUGUUCCAAUGCUUAUACACCUUAUCACUCAUGAGUUUGCAUUCCUAAACAUUCACAAACAUCAAUGCAGAGUAUGUUGAAACCAUCCAUCAUGACACAUUGUUUCUUCCUACUUUAUAUACAGGCAAAUCCUGACAUUACUGGCAAGUAUUAUCUUAUACUCAAACUAUACAGAUCAGUGCAAACCCUUAGAGCAGUAGCUUCCCUGAACUUGGCCUGAGAAGGUUGUCCCAAGAAUUUGACUUUUGUACGUGUAUGUGCAGUAAAGAAUCAUACUUCUGUUAUUAAUUUUGAAUGCUAGUAAUUAAUGAAAAGUGUUUCUUAUCAUAUAUUUGUAUUUAAACGUAUAAAAGAGACAACUGAGACUGACUCGUAAUCUUAUGUUAUUUGAGGGCUGAUUAUUGUUUCCUGUACAAUAUGUAGUCCAUCAUUUUCUUGGUUCAUCCACUUUCUCUGUGAUAAUAGGUAUAAUCAUAAUCAUGCUCCAGUUCCUGCAACACAUGCUGUUUGUCUUCCUUGGUGUGUGUUGGUCGUGCACAAGACAUGCUGUUUGUUCUCCUUGGUAUGUGUUGCCCUGCACAACACUCGGUCUUCUUAGUCUUGACGGCUGUUGCCUACACUGUCUAUCUUUUUUUUCUUUUGUUGUUUCUUUCAUUCGCUUUUUUCCAGCCCUUUUUCUUUUCCAUCUUAUUGUUCAUGUUCUUUAUUGUUUAGUAUUUAUCCGAUGUUCUAUUCACUCAGUCUUUGUCUUACAGCUAUUGCUGCUCUCUGUUUGGGCAGUUCUUACCUACACUCACUUUUACUUGUGUUCAUAUGGGGCUGCUGUUUUGGGGUGGGAUUGUGGCUUAGGACUGGAUUCCCUGUAAUGUCACACAGCAGCACUUGGGUUCAAACAGCCUUGCCCCGACUCUUUAACUUCCAUGGCUUGACACACUAAUCCACUAGACCGCCACGCCACAUAUCACUUGGUGGUCAGCGGUAACGGCCAGUAUACUUACGUGCAGGUUCCUCAUUUUAAGUUAACUCAUGUGUUUUUGGAAGAACAGAGAUGAGCAUGUUGUUUCAAAGCCAACUUAUUUCUUACUUUACACAUUGUGCUUAAAUACAUUGAUGCUAUUUAAAUGCCUUGAAUCACCAUGUAUUCGUGUGGAAGCACUGAUGUUGGUUUGUGUAAAGGUUAAGCCCCAGCCAAGGCUAUGGUAUGGUUGGCUGCAUUGUUUUUGAGUAGACUGAUUCUGUGUGUGGAACCUGUGUUGUAUGGAAGGACUUAAGGUUUAAAUGUGUAAAGGGUAACCCCCUCCAAGGAUAUGAUAUGUACAAUUAAGGAACAAAUAUAAUCCCUCAGAAAA